CCAGACAGACAGCGAGCGAGCGCGACAUAGCAAAGCCGGCAAGAAACGCCAACCCCCUCCGGCGAGGAGCUAGCUAACAGUUUUCGGUUGCGGUCGGGGACCAUGGCUCCGGCGGCGGUGACUGCGGCGGAGGCGGCGGCGAUGAAGGAGGUGGCGGCGGCGGCGGCCGGGAAGGCCGCGGCGGCGUGCGAGCGGGACGCCGAGAAGCUGGAGUUCAUCGAGGAGAUGACCAAGGGGUUCGACAGGGUGCAGGAGCAGGUGCUGGCGGAGAUCCUGGCGCGGAACAACGGCGCCGAGUACCUCCGCCGCCACGGCAUGGAGGGGCGCACGGACCGGGAGGCGUUCAAGGCCCGGGUCCCCGUCGUCACCUAUGAGGACCUCCGCCCGGAGAUCGAGCGCAUCGCCAACGGCGACCGCUCCAACAUCAUCUCCUCCCACCCCAUCACCGAGUUCCUCACCAGCUCGGGGACGUCGGCGGGGGAGAGGAAGCUAAUGCCGACGAUAGAGGACGAGCUCAACAGGCGGCAGAUGCUCUACAGCCUUCUCAUGCCCGUCAUGAACUUGUACGUGCCUGGGCUGGACAAGGGCAAGGGGCUCUACUUCCUGUUCAUCAAGUCGGAGAGCAAGACGCCCGGCGGGCUGCCGGCGAGGCCGGUGCUGACGAGCUACUACAAGAGCGACCACUUCAAGCACCGGCCGUUCGACCCCUACAACGUGUACACGAGCCCGACGGCGGCCAUCCUGUGCACCGACGCGUUCCAGUCCAUGUACGCGCAGAUGCUGUGCGGCCUGGUGGCGCGCGCGGAGGUGCUCCGCGUCGGCGCCGUCUUCGCCUCCGGCCUCCUCCGCGCCAUCCGGUUCCUGCAGCUCCACUGGAGGGAGCUCGCCCACGACAUCAGGGCGGGGGCGAUGAGCGGCAGGGUGACGGAGCCGUCCAUCCGCGACGCCGUGGCGGAGGUGCUGGUCAGGCCGGACGCCGAGCUCGCGGCGUUCGUUGAGGCGGAGUGCGGGAAGGACAGGUGGGAAGGGAUCAUCACCAGGAUGUGGCCCAACACCAAGUACCUCGACGUGAUCGUCACGGGCGCCAUGGCGCAGUACAUCCCCACGCUCAAGUUCUACAGCGGGGGGCUCCCCAUGGCGUGCACCAUGUACGCGUCGUCGGAGUGCUACUUCGGCCUCAACCUCCGCCCGAUGUGCGACCCAUCGGAGGUGUCCUACACCAUCAUGCCCAACAUGGGCUACUUCGAGCUGAUGCCGCACGACCCAGACGCGGCGGCGGCGCCGCGGCUCGUCGACCUCGCCGACGCCGAGGUCGGGAAGGAGUACGAGCUGGUGAUCACCACCUACGCGGGGCUCUGCCGCUACCGCGUGGGCGACAUCCUCCAGGUGACCGGGUUCCACAACGCCGCGCCGCAGUUCCGGUUCGUCCGCCGCAAGAACGUGCUCCUCAGCAUCGACUCCGACAAGACGGACGAGGCGGAGCUGCAGGCCGCGGUGGAGCGCGCGUCGGCGCUGCUGGCCCCGCGCGGCGCCAGCAUCGUGGAGUACACCAGCCAGGCCGACGCCACCACCAUCCCGGGGCACUACGUGGUGUACUGGGAGCUGAUGGUCCGCGAGGGCGGCGCGUGGCCGGACCCCGCCGCGUUCGAGCGGUGCUGCCUCGAGAUGGAGGAGGCGCUCAACGCUGUGUACCGGCAGGGCCGCAACGGCGAUGCCAUCGGGCCGCUCGAGAUCCGGGUGGUGCGCGCCGGCACGUUCGAGGAGGUGAUGGACUACGCCAUCUCCCGCGGCGCCUCCAUCAACCAGUACAAGGCGCCCCGGUGCGUCUCCUUCGGCCCCAUCAUCGAGCUGCUCAACUCGCGCGUGCUCUCCAGCCACUUCAGCCCGGCCUGCCCCAAGUACAGCCCACACAAGAAGUGAGAUCGAUCGCACGCUGCCCCGCGGCCCGGUUGAGCUCGAGAUAAUACAUCGUAGCCUACUACUACUACUACGUCCCGGUGCUUAUACAGUCAGUGUGUCAGUCAGUGCCCGUGUAAUUUCUCGUGUGCAACUGCAAGGCAGAGGGCAUAUAUGUGCUCCUGGCUGCCUGCUUCUCUGAUCUUAGAUCGUGUCAUGCUGCUCCGCUGCUGGUAGUUACAUGUAAACAUGUGUGGUGUCAUUUCUGGAGUGGAAAUGACCGAGUGUUUGUAAUGGGUAAGCUGGUAAACGCCAUUCUUGGCCGAAUAACAUAAUAGGCCUUGUCGAGAGUAUCUACCAACUACUUCCGUU